CAUGUUCUCUCAUUGUUGAAUCUACAAAGAACAUAGCUUCCAACAUUCUGCUGUCUGUUAUUAAGUUACCAUAUUUUGGUUUUCAAGCACAUACACAUGUUCAAUUUUGUUGCUCUUCAUUUGGUGCCUUUUUCUAUAUAAUUUUCUUCCUCAGUACUUGUACUAUAUUGGAUUCUUUAGACGUAGUUGCAUAUUGGAAUUAGGGAAGAUUAUAGAUGGAUAGACUACAGAGACAAACAAAUAGAGAUAAAUUAUAGAUAGAUAAUCUUCAAUGAAAUGUUAUUUUCAAAAAAAUUGGGAAUUUGGAUAAAAUCAUACAUCUUUCACUUGUGCUAGCUCACAAAAACUACGGCUUUUGCUCUCUAUUUGACAUCAUUACUUUGUCGUGUCUGUCAAACAUGGAGUCUUUAAGCUACUACAUUUUCUUUAUGUUUGCUUCUACGUACAGGUCGGGUGUAAUACAUAUUUGAGUUGAGAUGUAUGAUGUAACACACUUUCAAUUCAAUAAUAGAUAACUGAUGUUUUGUGUGUUUGUGGUUGUUUUCAUCUUCGAUCUUUGUUGUGCAUGUGUGUUCCCCCUCUCCCCCCCCCCCCCCCCCCCAACAAAUGGUAUCACUUAUAUAUAACUGAUGUGUCUUGCAUUAAUGUAGUUGUUAGAAAUUAGAAUUGCUUCUUCAUUUAGCAUUUUCUUCUAAUCUAAUGCUCUCAUGGCAAAAAAAAUUCGCUGCUUAUUUAGAAUUGGAGAUGGCAGAGUUACCAGGAUAUUUUCGUUACUGCUUGAACACAGGGAAACUUGUCCUUUUGGGAAUUUUGGUCUCUGGAGGAGUUGUUUUGCAAAUUUUGGCAUGUGCAUUGUAUAAUAAUUGGUGGCCAAUGCUAACUGCAAUAACAUAUGUGCUUCUUCCAAUGCCUUUGCUCUUCUUGGUGGGAUCUGGACGUUCUUCCUUAUUUUCUGAAUCAGAUAGCAGCUGGGUGAAUGCAACCAAGUUCUUAACCGGGGCCUCUGCUGUUGGAAGCAUUGCCAUUCCAGCCAUAUUAAAGCAUUCUGGUGUUAUAGGUUGGGGAGCCUUUGCAAUGGAACUCUCUUCCUUCUUUGUGUUUGUAUUUGCAAUAUUGUGUUACAUUCGGAUUAAUGAUGAAGAUGAUUAUAGUAGUCUUUGAGAUGGGAGCAUAAGCAUAAGUGGGAUUGGUUUGUCAGUGUAAAAAUGUAUAUGUUACCUUUGCAUGUGGGAGCCUCACCUUUAUUUUUUUUGAUAUAUCAAAUUAAUCCCUUUUUCCCCAUUUGAAAUUAAGAGGCACUAUUAAAUGGCGUUUAACAUUGUAGAACUCUCAACUUUAGAGGAUCAUUUAAUGUUGGUUGGUAUUGAGGCAUUUUCUGUU